AUGGCGGCGCAGCGGGCGCCGCCGAGCUUCCGCCUGCGCGCAUACUACGGGAUCGACUUCCCGGGGAAGGUGGCGGUGCUGGUGGCGCAGUCGCUGCUCUCAUUCGCGCUCGCCGCCACCCUCUUUGGGCGCUAUGCGGCGGCCGUCGCGCUCGUUCGCCGCUUCUGGCCGCUGCUGCCAGCGCAGCUCUCCAGUUUCCUCGUCGGUUUCUCAGCAGCCUUGGCUCUCCUCCUCGCCGUCGCCUAUUCCCUCACGCUCUCCGCCAACCUCCGCACCUCCCUCCUCCUCCGCCCCCGCCUCGCCCGCCACAUGCUCUCACUCGUCCCCUCCUGGCAACCGGUCCGCACCGCUCUCGACCUGGGGAGCGGCCGCGGCGUUCUGCUCGCGAGCCUGGGGCUGCAACUCGUGGAGUGUGGCGGGGAGGGGCGGGCGAUUGGGUUUGACAGCUGGGAGACCAAGAGCCGUGCUGCUGCUGGGGUUAAAGGGGGAAGCAGAUUGGAAGUGGAACAGAGUAGCGCUUCAAAAGGUGCAGCUGCUGGUGCUGCUGAUGCUGAUGCUGGGGAUGGUGCUAGUGCUGACGCUGGUGCCACUGGCAGCAGCAGCAGCAGUGGGAGGCAUGUGCGGCACAGAAGAGCAGAUAAAGCCAAAUCAGGCCACCCAGGCAGGAGUUUGGCCGGAACAACUUCCCCUGCUCCUGCUGCUCCAGCGAGCGGGCUAGCAGCCGUGUCAGCGGCAGCAGUGGGGAGCAUGGCGGGGGCGCUGAGGGCAGCAGCGAGGGAGGGCGUGGGGGCGCUGGUGACGUGCAAGACGGGCGCGUUUGACCGCCUGCCCUUCCCUGACGCCUACUUUGAUGUCGUUGUUUCUGCCCUGCGCCUGCACGCCAUUGCCUCGGUGCUAGAAGACUCAGACCCAUCAGCAGCGGAGAGGGAGCGGCAGAGGGUGCUGCAGCAGGUGGCGAGAGUGUUGAAACCGGGGGGGAGGGUGAUAGUGUGGGAUGUGAUGCACGUGCCGGCCUAUGCGGAGUAUUUCAGCUUGAUGCAAUGCAGUCAGCCGACCGAGCUUGACCCGCACCACGAAACCCUCAGCUACGCGUCACCACGCUCUCACCACGCUCUCACCACAGCCUGCUUCACCACAGCCUGCUUCACCUCAGCCGCCUGCUUCAGUACAGCCUCCCCCACAACAGCCCGCCUCAGCAAGGCCUGA